AAGUGCUCCGUGAAAAAAUGCAAAAAUAAUACUUCAAAUAGCUUGAAAAAGGAUGGGGUUUCGUAUUUUCGAUUCCCCAAAAAUGAAAUCGAAAGAGAAAAAUGGCGGAAAAAAAUAGCUAACGAUAGGGGCGAAGAAUUGUUCAAGCCAAAUGAUUCUAGCGUGGUGUGUUCUUGCCAUUUUGCAGAAAGUGAUAUGUACUAUACAAAAAAAGGCUAUCGGAAAGUAAAAAAAAGGGGUCCUUCCACGUGUUGAAGUAAGUUUCAUCCAAUUCAAAUCUCAAAAUCCGAAAAAUAUUGUGAUCUAGUCAGCAAAUAAACAUAAUCAUUACAAAUCUUUUCCAGACGGAUGUAUCAAUGACGCCAUCUCAAAUGGAUGUACCGUCCACAGCCACAAUACAUAGUUCACCUCAGAAUGAACCAAGUUCAACCAGCGUUACUGACACGUCAUUACAUCCACAAUUCAAUUCGGAGGUUACAAUACCAAGUUCACUGACAAACGAACUAGAUAAGAGCGCUGAUAGAGAGAUAUUGUUGGUACUGCAGCCAAAAACAGAGAAAAUGGCAACGACAGGGAAAAACGCACAAUCUUUACCAGAAAAUGAACAUGGAAUUGAACUAAAUUUAAUCCGUCAAUGUACACCAUCACCAACAUCAUCAGGAUUAACCUCAGUUUUGGAUACUCCCAAGACAUCAUAUUACAAAAAGAACCUUAGAAUAUGUCAAAAAACCAUUGAUUUAAAAAUAAACAAAUUCAAAAUUUGA